AGGCUAUACAGCGUGGAAUUCAUUCAGUUUUUGGAACGGGGUCUAUGGUACAUAUCUGCUUACAAUGAUGGCGACCAAGCACUGGACAUUAGUUUUGAAACCCAGAGUACAGAUGAAUCCAGCUUGACUUGCCCUUACGACUGUCAUGGUCAUGGCCGCUGCGUUAUGGGAAACUGCGUCUGUAGCCCAGACUUUGCUGGAGAUUCUUGUGCUUAUCGCAUUUGUCCAGUACUAUGCAGUAACAGAGGUGAAUAUAUUGGGGGCGAAUGCGUGUGUAGUCCUGGCUGGAAGGGCAAGGAGUGUCAGCUUAGAGAGUACGAAUGUGAGCGAUUAGACUGUAGCGGUCAUGGAGAAUGCCUGGAGGGAGUAUGCCGCUGCUUUCCCGGCUACAAGGGCACGCACUGUGAAACAGUGGACUGUCUGGAUCCCGACUGCUCAGACCACGGCGUCUGCGUAUCAGGUUUAUGCAUCUGUCGUAAAGGUUGGAAAGGGAACGACUGCAGUGACCCGGACACGGAUGCUCUGCGAUGUUUGCCGGACUGUUCAGGACACGGGCAAUUUGAUCUGGAACUCCAGAAAUGCAUUUGCGACGAGCGAUGGACCGGAUCGGAUUGCUCUCAAGAGAAAUGUGACUUAGACUGCGGCUUCCAAGGUCACUGUGAAAAUGGCCAAUGCAUCUGCGCAGAAGGCUGGUCGGGAAGUAAGUGUGAUGAGAAACUGUGCGAUCCCCGAUGCAAAGAUAACGGACAGUGCAGAAAUGGAACAUGUCUUUGUAUACAGGGCUGGAACGGAAAACAUUGCACUCUUGAGGGUUGUCCCAAGAACUGCAACAACCACGGCGAUUGUGUUACAGGUGAAGAAGAGGAAUGGGAGUGCUCCUGCAAAUCGGAAUGGGAAGGACCGGAUUGUUCCGUUCCCCUGGAAAAAAUUUGCGACGACAACAUCGACAAUGACAACGAUGGUCUUGUGGACUGUGCCGACAGUGAGUGUUGCUCCUUGAAGGAAAAAUGUGAAAAUCAUAUUUUGUGCCAAGGUGCUCCGGAUCCCUUGGACAUUCUGUUGAGAAAGCAGCCUCCGGCUAUCACUGCUUCUUUCUUCGAACGCAUGCAGUUUCUCAUCGAAGAACAAUCUUUGAGAAAUGGAUCACCGAUGAAGACAGCUAUUAAUGGCAGCAUGUUUUGGAAUCACUACGAAAAAAACCGAGUAAGUGUCAUCAGGGCUCAGGUGGUGACUGAGACCGGCAGUGGUAUCGUCGGUGUCCGAGUGGGCAUUGACCCUUCCAGCAAGACGGGUUCUAUUCUGACGCAAGAAACUGGAUGGUUUGAUCUGCUUGUGAAUGGAGGCGGAGCUGUUAAACUUCACUUACAGAGAGAGCCAUUUGUACCUAAAACGAUCACAGUUAUUGUACCCUGGAAUGAGAUCGUUGUAGUGAACAAGAUCACCCUCACUCGAGAUCGUGGAGAGCAGACUAAAGAAAAAGAUUCCGAGAUAGUUCCCUGUCCUCAUCAUGACUAUGAGACGAUGAAGCCCGUCGUUCUGGCAACUUGGAAACAUGGGUUCCAAGGAGGCUGUCCUGAAAGGAACUCAAUAUUGGCUGAAUCACAGGUAAUCCAAGAGAGUCUCCCUAUACCAGGAACUGAUCUACAUUUGGUAUACCAUAGUAGCAGGGCCGGAGGCUACCUCUCUACUAUCCAACUACAGCUGACCCCAGACACUGUGCCGAAAGACCUGAAGCUCAUUCAUCUUCGAAUUUCCAUAGAAGGUAUACUGUUUGAAAAAGUUUUUGAAGCAGAUCCUGCCAUCAAGUACACAUACUCCUGGAACAGAAGGAAUGUCUACCGGCAGAAGGUAUACGGGGUCGCAACGGCUAAUGUUUUCGUGGGGUACGAAUAUGCGUCAUGCAUGAAGAUCAUUUGGGAAGUACAGACGACUCAAGUUAGUGGUCAUGAUAUGAGCGUUUCGGACAUUGGUGGAUGGAAUUUGGACAUACAUCACAAAUACAAUUUUCACGAAGGUAUCCUACAGAAAGGGGAUGGAAAUAACAUUUAUCUCAAAAACAAACCAAAGUUGCUGCUGACGAAAAUGGGAGACGGGCAACAGAGACCACUUCAGUGCCAGAGAUGCAAUGGUUUGGCUAAAUCUCAACGACUGCUAGCUCCCGUGGCAUUAACCAGUGGACCGGAUGGUACAAUAUAUGUUGGAGACUUCAACCUCAUACGGAAAAUAACAACAGACGGGCAGGUUACCACAAUAGUUGAACUAAGCCCAGCUCAAGUUUCCUACAGCUAUCAUCUUACGGUGGGACCGGUAGAUGGUCAUCUUUAUAUAUCAGACCCAGAACAGCAUCAGAUUUUGAGGACCCUCUCCAUGUCUGACUUUAUGAGUCCUAAGAACAACACGGAGGUUGUGGUGGGCAGCGGGGAAAAAUGUCUACCACGUGACAAGGAAGAAUGUGGCGACGGAGGAUCUGCUAAGGAUGCUAAGCUUGCUUAUCCCAAAGGUAUUACCAUUACCAAACAUGGCGUAAUCUAUAUUGCUGAUGGCACCAAUAUUAGAUUCGUUGAUGCUCGUGGGAUCAUUCAUAGACUUAUUGGUGAUUAUUAUCACAAAAGCUGGCGUCCAAUACCUUGUUUUGCUACACUCAGCUUACGUCAGGUUAACCUUCGCUGGCCGACAGAACUAGCCAUCAACCCUUUGGAUGAUUCCUUGCACAUAUUGGACGACCAUCUUGUAUUAAGAGUCACGCCAGACAAAAGACUGAAGAUAGUAGCUGGCCGUUCUCUUCAAUGCCCUCCACAAUCUGCUGCCAACAGCCGCGAAAAGAGUGAUCUAGCGACGGAUGUCUACUUAGAAUCGCCGCAGGGAAUUGCAUUUGCACCUAACGGUGACCUUUAUAUUGCCGAAAGUGACUCCCAGACCGUGAACAGAGUGCGUAUGAUUGGAAGUGAUGGUCGAAUUUCUCGCUUUGCUGGAUCCGAAUCGAAGUGCAGUUGCUUGGAAGAAUCCUGUUCUUGCUUCGACGAGGAGCACGUCUUAGCAGCUACGACGAAACUUAGCACUAUCUCCUCCAUCACGGUUUCACAAGAUGGAUUGCUUCACAUCUGCGACCAAGGCAACUUAAGGAUUCGGUCAGUGACAGCUUCCCUGCCACAACUGAACAGCAGAAGUGAGUAUGAGAUUCAUUCGCCAGAAUCUCAAGAGAUUUAUGUCUUCAAUCGCCACGGGCACCACACUUUCACGAAGAACACUAUCAGUGGAAAAGAUACCUAUGUUUUCACAUAUAAUAGCAAUACAAGCUAUGGGAAGUUAAGUACUGUAACAGACGCAGCGGGGAAUAAAAUCUACAUUCUCAGAGAUUAUAGCAAUCAGGUCAAUACAAUAGAGAACACGCAAGGAGGAAAAUGUCGCUUGGAAAUGUCCAGGAUGAUGAUGUUGCAUGGUUUCACUACUCCGUCCGAAUUCAAGACUAUUUUUGAUUACCACGGUAGUACAGGUCUUCUGAAAAGCAAAGAAGACAGCACAGGACUGACCUACAUGUAUAAUUUUGAUGAGUAUGGCCGACUGACAGAAUCUGUGACACCUAGUGGGCAGGUAAUUCGUCUCACUUAUAAUCUCAGUUUGAAGGGAGCCUCGGUGACAAUCACGAGAGAUGACAAAGAUCCUGUUUCUUUACUUAUCAAAGGCUCAGAUGUUACCGCAAGAAUUGGUUUAACAGAAGAACGAAUAACACAGCACCAAGAUGGAAGUUUGUCUGUAAUUCAAAGAGAUUCCAGCAAAGUCGAUGUCGAGACCGUCCCGAAUCCAGUGCUGUCCACUUCAAAUCCAGUAUCAGGAGAGAUGUUUCCAGUUCCGUCUAGAAUGCGCAUGGCCUUCAGUGAUGAUAAUGUCCAAUAUCUGGAAUGGCAUUACUUUGUCCAUGCCGAUGGUAAAAAUGGCAAUCGGGAUAUUACACGAGUAGGAAGAAAAUUCAAGAGAAAUGGAGAGCUCAUAUUUAGUGUCGUUUAUGAUCGACUCCAGAAUUCAGAAAUUAUUUAUGACCGCCACCAAGUUCCUCUGGUAAUGGCUACCUACAACAUAAUGGCUCGCUCUGUGCAAUGGCAGUCACCACAAAACAUAACCCCUGUUAAAGUGGAAUUUGAUCAGUUUGGACGUUUAACGAAAUGGGAAAGAGGACAUCUUACCAAAGGCUAUGAUUUUGAUAUGCUGGGUAGACUAAUCGAAGUUCGGCAUUCUGACAACAAUGGAAUAAUGUACAAAUAUGACAAGAAGGUUGUGGAUAUGCCUAGUGAACUGAUCCUACCGAGUGGAAGUCGAUACCUUCUUCAAUAUGACACAGCUGGUGGUUUGCAUACUAUUAUCACUCCAAAUGGGCACAAACAUGAAGUGGCUAUGCAGACAUCUUUAGGCUUCUACAAACUGCUUUAUCUCAGCCCCGGCAUCAAGUUCCCAUUUGUGAUGCAUUUCAAUGAUUAUGGAAAAUUACUAGCAAAGAUGUAUCCUGAUAAUAGCGGGAGAGUCACUUAUAUUUAUGAUUCGAGUGGACGGCUGAAAACAGAAUUUUGUGGUACUGAAAGAACAGACUUCGCUUAUCAAGAACAAAAAACUUUGAUACGAUCGUGGACAAAAUCAGUCUUGGAUUUAGAAAUGAGAAGUGAAUUCAGGUACCAUGGUGUUCUGGUCAGAGAAGAGCGCAUUCGUUACUCAGCUCAGAGUAAGUUAAAUAGUCUGAAGUAUCGAUACCGUUACGAGGGUCAGGUGACAGUUGUCGAAGUGGAAGCAGCUGGUAAGGUGGUAGCCGAUGCUAGGUACAGAUAUACGGGACAAUCAGGUGCCCUGGAGCAAGUUCAGCAGUUCUUAGUUCACAGGCCGAAAGUACACAACGUUUUCAUUCAAGAUGAACAAAGGCAUUUCAGCAAAACCAUUGGCCACGAUUCCUAUGGAUUAAUUUCUCUAUUAGCAAUCACAUUAUGGAACCAUGAAGUGUAUUCGCUUUCCAUUCAGUAUGACAACAGGGGCAGAGUCCGAAGAACCCAAUCAAAAUCUGAACAAGACAUUGGCACAGAAACCACAGAGUAUUCAUAUACUCCUGAUGGAUUCCUUGGAGAAGUGAUAGGUAGACGGCGUUACAGGUACCUUUAUGAUGUUAAUGGUAAUAUGAAUUCCUUCUGGCACGGUGACAGACAAAUAACACUUCAGUAUGAUGAAGGCGAUCGGUUAAUUGGAUACGAUGACAACAUACCUUAUAUUGUGGAUGCGCGAGGCUUUAUUGUAUCUAGGGGACCAGAGAAAUUCACGUUCAAUGCCAAAUCGCAGUUAACUAAUGCUAUCAAUCCAGGCGUAUAUGAUGUCACUUAUGUUUAUGACGCCUUGGAUAGGCUAGUUGCAUGGAGCAGCGGUGAUUACAAUGUCACUCAGUUCUUGUAUACCAACCCAAAGGAUCCAAAGAAGGUGACACACGUACAUCUUCCAAAUUCACGAACCACCAUGUCACUGUUCUACGACACGAAUGGACAUUUGAUGUACAUUGAAGAUACUUCUGCCAAUAGGUACUUUGUGGCUUGCGAUCAUUUAGGUUCGCCGAUUAUGGUUUUUGACACAGAAGGAAAGGUUGUCAAGAAAGUUGUAAGGACGCCUUUUGGCGAAAUCAUCUCCGACUCCAAUCCGCAGUUCCUUUUAUACGUGGAGUACUGGGGAGGCAUCCGGGACCCAUCAACGCAACUUCUGUUCUUCGAUGGCAGAGCUUACCAGCCAGAAACUGCUCAAUGGCUGACGCCGCAGUGGGAAGACAUCUCGAGAGUAUUAUAUGCUCCCUACGAUAUCCACAUGUACAGAUUCAAGAAUAAUAAUCCCCUUAGUCCAGCUGUAGCAGAAGAUGAUUUAAUGAUGGGUCUACCGAAAUGGUUGUCUUCCUUUGGUUAUAACAUGGACCAUUAUCUUCGUAGUCCUUUCUCCAGCUGGAAUGUGGCACCUUUCAGGGCAUCAGUGAGACAGAGCCUUCCAGUUAUUUCGGGACUCAGUUGUACAGCAGACGUAGUUAUCAAACAUUUUGCGAGGCUCAGCGCUUCUCAUCUUUCCGAUGCCAAAUAUAAAGCAGAACUGCAGGCACAGUUCGCUAACUUGCCCUCCGUAUUAGGUGAGGGUCUCUUGAUGUCCACAAAUCAAGGUCGUGCUUACAUCCACGUGCUGGGUGAUGCUAAUUCAGUUGUCCGGAAUGUGAUGAAAGAAGUCCUUAACGACACGGCCCGUGUGGAUGUGCGAUUUUCUCUCAACGGUCAAGACUCCUUUUAUUUGGUACAGACAGAACAAAAGAGAUUUCAAGAGGACUGGAACCAGUUUCAAAGACUGGGUACUAUGUAUAAUGUCACAAGGCAUACUGGAGACACACACAUGGAUUUGCGAUUGCGCAGUCCAGCUUUAUUGCUCAAUAUACGAUAUGGAGGAGGUCCAGAGGAGGAGAAAAAGCGGUUAGUUCACCAUGCGAGAAGGAAAGCCAUAAAUGAUGCUUGGCAAAGGGAGGCGAAUCUUGUAAGAGAAGGAUUCAAGGGGAGUCGGCCGUGGACUCCAGAAGAGAGGAGAGAGCUGCUUGAAAAGGGAAUAGUGUCCGGUUACCAUGGUUCCAUAGUUCAUAACACAGAUGAAUUCCCGGAGCUUGCUGAUGACCCGACAGCAAUAGCAUUCCACAAGUUAGAGGCAGAUAUGGUCUAUGAAGAUGUCUGAGAAUGAGCGAUAGUGUCACAUACGGUAAAGACAUGGAAGACGAGUGGGGUGCAGUGGAACCCCUCUGUUCCGUCCAUUUAGCAGCCUCAUGUUCAAGCAUUGUGCAAUCACGUGACUCUGUACAUUGUUGUUAUCUACAAAAUACAGGGAGAAGUACACGAAAGAAAUGGUUAUUUAAUAUACAGUUAUGCUGUGAAGAAUGUCGCUCAUUUAUCUGAUGGGUGGCAUUGAUAACGGAAAAGAUUACCUUUGCAGCAAGUGCACCCCCUCAAGCUAUGGAAGUAUAAUUUGCUGAUGUUAAUUUUAAACAAAGAUAUCAAUCACAGUGAAGUAAAGGAAGCUCCGUUGUAUAAAGUGCACAUACAAAGCACAAACUACUUCAGUAUCUUUCAAGUUUGUGAUGUGUUGCGAAGGGUAUUUCAAUCUCAACGGCUAAACAAAGAAAAGAUAUUUCAAUUUACAAUUAAAAUUUCCUACACAGUUAAAAAGAUAAAAAUGUUAUUAUGUAAGGGUAUUUAUGCAUCAUUUCUAGAAAAUGUAUAAUUUUAAAUGAAACAGUUUCUUUACAGAUAUUAUGUAAUUAAUCAAGGGAUUUCUUGCGUAUAGAAUUAAUUUUCCAGCGUUAUAUAAGCUUUCUCUAAACAGAUUUUGAAUAUGAAAAAUAGAAUUUUAAAUAGUACCUUAAUGGGUCGACUUUCUUUGCAGAUGUAUAAACAUUACUUAUCUGAAUUGCUAACUAUUAACAUUGAUAAUCACUUAUGCGCAAAGUGUGCUUCACUAUGAAUAUACAGGGUAUAAACACACUGUCGCCUUAUUCUAAUGCUGUGGAUUUUACCGCAAGGGUUAAAAAGUAAUUACAUGUUAACUUUCUGGUUUAAUAUAACUUUAGCCUUUUUAUUAUGUAAAAUUAUCUUUUGUUUGCGACAGGUAUUAGAAUAAAUUCUCGGCAAUAUUUUUCGUAUAAGAAAUGCUUUGUUUCAAUAAUUUAAAUCGAUUCCAAUAAUAUCAAUUAAUUAUAUAUUUUGAAUUCUGAACUCUUCUCAAAUAAUAAGAUUUUUUGAAUGUUAAUUUUUUUUUUUUUUCCGUAAAUGAUUCCCCGCUUUUUCCCGUUAAAAUUAUUUCUGUUAAAUAAAUAUCAGAUAAAGAGUAAGCUUUUUAUACAGAGGAAACUGACGGUGCAAAAAUCUUUGCAAGAAUCAGUUCUUUUAUACGUAAUUAUGACUUAGUUUACUCUUCACUUACGGUCUUAACACGUGCAAGUUUGAUAAUAUAUUAUCUAAAAACGAAUUAUUUAUAUAAUAGUUGGUUUAAACAAACAGUUUUAUAAUCUUAUGAAAACAAUAAAUAGAUUGUAAAUACAUAAUUUAAUGUAAAAUAUAAUUUAUUAAAUUCAGUUUGAGAAAUAUAAUAUUUGCAACUACAAUUAGAUAUGCGACUAACUACGUCAUAAUAAAAACAAAUAUUCAAAUUUAAAGUUAUUCCUUUUUGAAUAAUGCAUUACGGCUAUGAUUGCAAUUCGCACCAAAUGAAAUAAAUUAUUUCUGAUGAUUGCAAAUUAAUUCUCAAGCGUCAGUAUAUUAUGUACUGUUUAUCGUAAAUGUUGAUGUGCCAAUAUUUAAAAGAAUAUAUACAUGUAAGCACCAUUUGUUACGCCGUGAGAAGUACAGCAGUCAUCUUAAACACAAAUAAAGCAUGCUGACUUUGAUAAAUCAUAAUGACAAUUGUAUAAUUGCAGCAUAAAUUUCAGCAUAAAGUUAAAUGUGUUUGAAGAUAAAUCUGUGAUCCUUCUCCUUCAGAAGGUAAAGUCUGCAAAAACAUAUGUUUUGGAACAAGCUGUUAGUUUGCGGCAAACUCAAUUAUCAAUAUUUAAUGAUGCUGACAAGAAGUUAUUCUCAUCUUCCCUUGCGUUAGCUCCCCAAAAAGACAUAGAUUGCCUAGUUGCUUGGUGAUGAAGGAGUGUGUUACCCUCCUGUAGACAAUUCAUGUUAGUUUCGCUUGUUUCCGGCGUCCCUCUCGCCUUGUGAAGGUGAGGUUCACAAUCGAAGGAUUCCUCAGAACAUCUGGGAGCAGCUCGGCCCUCGUACCGUUGCUGGGCCUUGCAGAGGUGUAAAAAGACAUUGAAUCACGUGUUUUGGAUAUUUGUGCCCCAUGCCUCUCCAUCCCACGAAUGCUCACCUCCUGUAGCUGUGGUCUCCUGUUGUCCUGCAAGCGCAUUUCUAAGGUGUUCGCUUUCACUGAUAGAUUCGAGUUUCGAGUAUGGUGGCAUGCAUGUCGAGUACAUGUUUUCUUAAGGGAAAAACGCGAAUGGGUCAUGAAAUCAGUUAUGGUUCCUGAUUGCACCUCGCUACUUGGAUAACUGUGUGAAUUCUAGGGCUAGCACUUGCCUUGGAUGCUUAGUCCAACGCUGUCGUUUUAUUUCACACGCAUGGAAUCUUACCUCCUGCUUUCACCAGUGGUUUAAAAACCUCUAAGCGGCAAAGCCGUAUAUAUACGGCCUAGAAUAUUUAUUGUGAUAUCAGUAAGAACGUAUAUAUACGUGCAUAUUAAAAUAUGUCAACGAAACUAAGGCAAUAUAUCAGAAGAAAACAAAUCCAUGUAUGAAAUACCAGGAGAGUUUUUGCAUUAAAAUAAAAAAAAAAACAAUUUGUUCUCAUAGUAGUUUUGGGAAAUUUGUGCUUUCUUAGCGAAACCGCUGGCCGCCCAGAGGGUUAAAAGUUAGAACGCCACGGCAUGAGCGCAUUCGUGGGCAUGGAAAAGCUCUACUGAGAAAGACAGAAAUGCCAGUAGCUCGUGCUUGUAUAACGUCUCUGCAGGGUGCAGCAAUACUGGUUUCCUGGCUGGUUGAAUGUACUGUACUUUACUGUACUUCACCGUUGCAGUUCUUACCUCUCUUGUGGGAAACAUGUUUUCUAUCUUCCCUGCCCGCUUCUAACCCCCCCGAAUCUUCAACGGCCGUUCCUCUAUAUUAGCCUCAUUACUUAGGCUUUAACUGACCUAUCUCCACUGAUGAGCUGCAAAAAAGCCAUCAUUGAAAUAGUACAUUAUUCUUCACACUUACAUAAUAAAUUUAGCAGAAGACCCGAAUAUGGGUGUGUCCUUUUUUUUUUUUUUUUUUUUUUUUUUUCCUUUUUAUUACGUUACUCGAUUAUUUAUUACAAUUUCAUCUCAAAAUUACGCAAAACAGCUUCGAAACACCAUAGUUUUCUUCGGCAACAUUUGCCAUCUUGCCUGAUUUUCAGUUUUACAUCUUCACAUUUCUUCACAUUUAAUUUAAUUUGAAUGUUUUAAUUAUGUUACGCAUUUAUUUCGUUUCCUCUUCCCUCACGACCUUUCAUAGGCUUUCGACACUUCUAAUUUUAAAAAUUAAGGUUUAUCUGCAUCCCUAACUGAGUUCGAUUAUUUGUCGUCCCUACAUCUUACUUAGCUUCCUAGAUAAUGAUACAGCAGUCUAGCCCAAGUUUCCUUGGAGGUAACUUGGGCUUCUAAAUACUGGGUUAAUUUAGAGAACCUUUUGUUUCCAUGGUUUAUUUUUAAAUAACUGAAACUAGAAACCUUUGCAUUUUCAUUAAAUAAUGCGAAAAAUGAAAAAAUACAAAUAUAUUUUUCUGUUAUUAAAUUUUGUUUAAUACACAUUUACGUUUACUUUUAUUAAAAUUAUUCCAAAAUAUUCUGUUUCUCGGUCAUGUCUUUUCGAACCAAUUUUCAUUCAUUUCUCAACGCAAACAGUAGUUAAAUUCGCUGAAUCUAAAUUACUAAUUCCCUUAUUCAGUGCCAGUCUCUUUUACAAAUUUGCCAUUUUUCGUUUUUCUUCAAAAACACAUUUAAAUAUCACUUCCUAUUUCCCAGCAUUUGAAAGUUCCAGAAUCUUCGAUAUAACGAAAUUCAUAAAAUUCUCCAUAACUAACGGUAUAAUUUAAAUUAUUAUUAUUUUUUAAUCUUAUUUUUCCACAUAACAUUAAAUGCAAUUCAAGCAAAUAUAUUUAAAUAACGUUUUAAAAAUUAUAACUAAUAAUAAUAUAAUAAACUUAAAUAAUUUAAAAAUUAUAAAUGGCGGUCCUUGUCAACCUCGAUUUAACGUGUUCGUAUGCAGGGAAUUUUUCAUAACACUUGUUAGAAUUUCGUGUCUUAACUCUUGAAUUGCUUCUCGAAUAUUUGCUUUAACUAUUGUACGGUUCGUGGCUUGUUUGAAUUCCCAUUUCGUUUUAAAUAGCCUCAGAUGAAUAAAUCUUCAGCCAUUGAAUCUUGCGAUAGUGAAAGAAAGUUGAAAUUUAGAAAUCCAGAUAUCAUGCGCUUACCACAUAUUUCCCUUCAGAAAACCGGUGUUUCACUGAAAAUGUUGAACCAACAAAUAAAUUAUUGAAGCACUGGGCACGUUCAUAUUGUUACAGAUAUUAUGCUAUAACAGAUAAUACAAUACCUGUCACAUUAAUGUUACCGAAAAUCUUACAUUGAUCGUCCUAAAUUUAAAAGUAAAAUUGAACAAUUUUCGUCACCUGCUUUCAAGGUGAUGAAUCUUUCCAUCAUUAAAUCACCUGGUAUCAGCUGCACUAAUAAAAAGAAAAAGGAAAUUCAUUAGAAGGAAAGCAUUAUUUCCUGCUCAAAUCAGAAUGCUAAUUAUGCACCCCCCCCUUAUAUUUUGAUAAUGAUACUUUGAUAAUGAUUUGAUAACGACAGUGGAUUUUUCAAUAAUUCUGCUACUGCACCUUAAACUUGUAGGUAGGAUUCCUUGGCAGUGAACCUUUGCUUUCCCUUUAUGAACAAAAAGUUAUUGGAGUGAUUCUUCUUAAUUGCUUCUAGCAUAACUUAUUCAAGUGACAGAAACGUAGUAUCCAGCAUUUCGGGAGAAACAUUAGCAAAGGCUAUGUUUAUUACUUCUGUGGUAUUUCUUCUGCUAAGAGGAAUAUGUCUAAGUUUCCAAGUUUUUCUUCAUAAUCUUUGCACCUGCGUCCACAGUUUUGUGUUUUCAAAGUAUCAACAUUAGCCAUACGAUUCACCUCGACAACUCUUUUCGGAAGCACGUCUCCAAAUUCUUCAUCCCGGUCAUUCUCUUUCACUUAAACUGUUUUGCACCUAACAUAAUUGAACUUUCCUGUAACUUUUCCUUUUUCUUUUCACCCAUCAAGAACUGUACACUAGCAACUCUAUCUUUCCUUGAAGACUCUCCUUAUUUUCAUUUUACUUUUACAAUGCAUAGGUGUUCACCAGACAUAAAACAAUUCAUUUCGAUAGGUGGAUGAAGUUAGAAGAACAGCUAUAAUUUGUAAUAAUUCGGUUAACCUAAAAAUUAAAAGACGUAUCAAAACAAAUGACAGAUGUCACGAAACAUUGAUUUUGGCAGAAGACUUAAAAACAUAGCUUCCAGCGAGCGGCAUUUACCAAUAAUUCCCUCUUAAAUAUUCACUUUUUACUACUAUUAUGAGUCAUGAAUAGUGCUCAGCAACCGUGGGGUUUGUUAAUGUAAACGUGAGAAGGUUAAAAAAGGGUAAAAUAUCUUAAACCUAAGUAUAUGCACGUGCUCUUUAAAACUAGUUAAACUGACUUUCUGAAAAACGAUCACGUAUUUUUUUAAACACAUUUAUUAAUCUUUGUGUUGAAAUUAAAGCUAAUUAUACUGCAAAUGUAAUUCAUAAAAUAUUUCUUACUUUUUUUUUACAUUUCCUUAAUUUUAUUUCUUAAGUAAAAUACGAAAAGAGGCAAUGCUUGAAAUUUUUUCGAAAGAUGUAUACAAAAUAGAUACUGUGUAUCUACGAAUUGUACAGGAUCGUCCACUCAUACCCAAAUAGAAGUUGCAGCUGAAUAAGAACACUGAGAAACAAAAAAUUCUACAAUAAAUUGCAGUUUUUUAACUUUAAAUAGAAUAUAAACGAAUGAGUUUUAACUGCACUAAACGGUAAAAUUCGCAAUGAAGCUACUACACAAAGUACCCGUCUAAUGAGUUAUUGAGAUUUCAAAAACUUGUGUACGUGUCAUCAAUCCUGAAAACUCGUCUAAAAUUAACACGUAUAUAGUUUAUAUUAUGGUUAUAUCAAUCUUCAAGUUGUGGUAUGUAAAUAUAUAUCACCUAACAGUACUCAAACAAUUAUAUAAUACGACCAAAUUGUGGUUGGCGUGAAAUGAAGCCAAAGGUGGACUGCAUUGAAGCAACUUCUGUGUGCUUGUGUAUGGGAGGACAUCAAAUCUGCUCAACCACAGUAUUUGGGAGCUUCUGUGAAUUCCCUUACAAUUCUUGAUGUUUCAUUUGGACGAUAUAUUUAACAUUAAUUUGUGAUUCAAGAGUUUUUUGAGAAUAAAAAAUUGUUGUGAUGUUAAAAAUAAAUUUAGCAGGGAAAAAUGAAUUUCCCUGUUACGAAGAAAAGGACUUGAAUUAAAAAAAAAUAAUAAAAUUGCUUCUG